AUAUUGUAAACGAAAAAGAGCGGACUGAUAAGGCUAAGAGAAAGAUAGUUUUGCAUUGGGAUGUGUUUAUUUAUUUUGUGCGUAAACGUGUAGUUCUCAAAUAGGCCGAUCGAUAUAUAAUCCUGUGAGCGAUUCCGAUGAGAUGCUCUUUUGCUUCUACUUAAAGCGGUGAACGGUGAUUUCAGUUCUUCUCAGGCGAUGGCCAUGGCGACGCCGACGUGCUUCUUCGUUCCUAGCGCUCUCCUCUUCCUCGAUCGACUCUUUAUCUGAUCAUACUGAGAUUCUUCUUCAUUUUCUUUUUGGAACCUUUUUUUUUUUUGGAUUCAAUAAUGAACAAGAGGGCUAGAAUUGAUGAUUCCAAUAAGGCAGUGGUCAAUGUCUGGAAGCGGGAGGUUGGAGAGCUUUCCACUAGGAAUUUUGCCCACCGUCUUGGUGCUUUGGAGGAUCUCGUGCUUCGACUUGAUCUUUACAAGAAACUGGAGAGGCACAAAGGUUGUGUGAACACCGUGAGCUUUAAUGCUGCUGGUGAUAUUUUAGUGUCAGGCUCUGAUGAUAGGCGGGUGAUUCUCUGGAAUUGGGAAACCGGGCGUGUCAAGCUCUCUUUUCAGUCUGGUCACAAUAACAAUGUUUUUCAAGCAAAAAUCAUGCCUUACACGGAUGAUCGAAGCAUUGUGACUUGUGCUGCAGAUGGGCAGGUGAGGCAUGCUCAGAUUCUGAAUAGUGGGCACGUGGAAACUUCACUGCUCGGCAGUCAUCUAGGGCGAGCUCAUAAGUUGGCCAUUGAACCUGGUAGUCCUUAUAUGUUCUAUACUUGUGGUGAAGAUGGAUUGGUGCAACGUUUUGAUCUAAGAACUGGGGCUGCCGUUGAGCUGUUUACUUGCCAAUCAGUUGACAAUAGGGCAGGUUACAUGUCAUCAAUUCAGCUAAAUGCAAUUGUGAUUGAUCCCAGAAAUCCAAAUCUCUUUGUUGUUGCUGGUUCAGAUGAGUAUGCGCGAUUAUAUGAUAUUCGCAAAUCUGGGGAGGAUGGUUCAACUGAUUUUGGUCAACUGGCAGACUGCUAUUGCCCCCCUCACUUGAUUGGCGAUGAACAAGUGGGAAUAACAGGUCUAGCCUUCUCAGAGCUCAGUGAGCUCCUUGUCUCAUACAAUGAUGAAUCCAUUUAUCUCUUUAAUAGGGAUAUGGGUUUGGGCCCAAACCCAAAUCCAGCGCCUCCACUAUCUCUGAGUAGUGAUGCAAGUGAAAUGGGAGCUGAAAAAGUUGACAAUGGUAUUCCACAAGUUUAUAAAGGACAUAGAAACUGUGAGACAGUUAAAGGGGUCAAUUUUUUUGGACCUAAAUGUGAGUAUGUCGUUAGUGGUUCUGAUUGUGGCAGAAUAUUUAUAUGGAGGAAAAAAGGUGGAGAGCUAAUCCGUGUCAUGGAAGCUGACGAGGAUGUCGUGAACUGCAUUGAGCCCCAUCCUCAUAUGACCAUGCUUGCUAGUAGUGGAAUUGAAAGUGAUGUCAAGAUAUGGACUCCAAAGGCCCAUGAAAGAGCUACUCUUCCUGAGAAAAUUGAACAGAAACCAAAGCCUAGAGGAUGGAUGCACCGCUUAGCGUUACCGGAGGAACUGAUGAUGCAACUGUUUUCACUGCGAAGACAGACUUCGAGCCCCGAACGUGGAAGAGAACCUCCUACUGUAAGUAGAGAACUUCUAGAGUUGAUAAUGACAUUCAACAAUGGCAACAGCGAUGACUCUUCAGAUUAUAAUGAUGAUACUGGUGAAGAUGAUUGAUACCAAUUGAGAAGCUUUAUGCUGACUCUUGGCUUUAAAUUUGAAUAACAUGGUAGCUAAUUGUGCAUAAAAUAGGAAUCCAGCAUGCCAUUAUCAAUCUUAUCUUACAAUUUUCAUCUGAAUUAAUAGCUAAAAGAUCUUUUAGUUAUUAUCAUGAAUUCCUACCAUGUUGGCUGUAAAUUCAGUGUGUGCAUUCUUCUGUU